AUGACCGAAAAAUUGAAAAGGCUCGUAAUGAAACGCACUGCUGCUCUUAAUCGGUUAAAGGAAACCUACGAGGUCGGGGUAAAGGUCGAGACCGAUCCUUCAAAAAAAGUUCAAUUUUUGGUUCGUGCCGAUGAGUGUGACGAAAUGUACGGUGAAUUCGGCAAGUCUCAUAAUUCCGUAAUUAUGUUGCUUGCCGAUGACGCGGAAUUCGAGGAACACGAUGCGGUUCGAAAACAGGCGGACAUAUAUUACUACGCAAUCAAAAUGUUUAAACGCGAUAUUUAUUCCACGGAUGCCCCUGCAUCUAGUCAAAACGCCAGUAAUAUUGAGCCUCCCCGCGAAUCGGCCAUUCAAUUAAAAAUGGACGUUCCUACUUUCGAUGGGAAUUUUAAAUUCUGGUCGCCAUUCAUAGACAUGUUCGAUAGUCUCGUACAUAAUAACGUAGGGCUUUCAGACGUCCGAAAAUUUCAUUACUUGCAUCGAGCAUUGAAAGGUGACGCGUUUAAUGUUAUUAAGGGUUUGAGUAUUACGGAGAACAACUAUUUAAUCGCAUAUGAGGCUUUGCGUAAAAGGUAUGACAAUAAGCGUUUCACAGCCACCUGUCACUACCAUGAGAUUUUUAAUGCGCCCGCGGUUCAAAAGCCCGCUGCUAGAGAACUCCGCGCCCUUUUGGAUACUUUUUCAGAAAACAUAUCCGCUCUUAAAGCCCUUAAAUUUAACACCGACAGUUGGGAUUUUUUAUUGUUUAACAUGAUGCUGCCAAAGCUGGAUAGUCAGACACGCACUGAGUUUGAAAAGGAGUUCAGGACAACUGAGUUGCCAACAUUUCAGGACUUAAGCGAUUUUCUUGAAGAAUACUGUAAGGCCUUGGACUCGGCGCAAUUAAUGAACUCUAACCCGUCUGGUCUUCGAACUAAAACUCCAACCAGCUCUAGUUUCAUUAGAAAAUCCACCUCGGCUUUCAUAACCGACACGCCUGAACAAAGUUCUGCCCAAAAAAGCAAAUGUAUUGCGUGCUCUGGUAAUCAUAUACUUUUCCGUUGCCAAGUCUUUCUGGCCAAGACUCCGCGCUACCGAUUUGCCCUUGUCAAGCAGCAUAAUUACUGCAUCAAUUGCUUACGGGCUCCACACAACCUAAAGCAGUGCCCCACCUCAGUACACUGCAAAAUUUGCAAAUUUCCACAUCAUACUCUCCUCCACUUUCCCAAGAAUAACGAGGACGACCACUUAGCUCAAUCCACUGAGCCCCAGCUCUUUACUAGUACCCCCAGCCACUCUCAGGCUUUGCCCAAUGCAAACGCAAACGAUUCCACUUGUGCAGCUGCCUUUCAGCCACCAAACUUGACUCUUGUCGGAUCAUCUGCCGUGUCAGAACAAUCCACAGUUCUACUGUCCACUAUCGUAGCCCACGUGAAAGAUAUCUACGGAUUCUUCCAAAAGGUGCGAAUAAUGCUAGAUACAGGAAGCAUGGCAAACUUUAUCUCGCAGAACUGCGCAGACAGGUUAGGUUUACCCCGUAAAAAAGUUUUGGUUCCCAUAGAGGGGCUUAACAAUAUGUCGUCCAGUUGCAACCAAGGUAUGAUCCAAUGCCAACUCCGCCCUUGCGAUAAGCUCGAACCUAUAUUCAACUUUGAAGCGAUUAUCGUGCCCAAAAUUUGCUCUUCGCAGCCCAAAAUGGUAAUCGAUUGCUCACGCUUGGCCCAUAUACAACAUCUGCCCCUUGCAGACCCUCAAUUCAACAUUCCAGGCGACAUUGACCUGUUAAUUGGUGCUGAAUUAGUACCCUACCUUUUAGAAAGGGGCCGCCUAGUCGGCAACCCUGAUCAACCGGUAGCGCUUGAGACCGUCUUUGGCUGGAUCCUGCAAGGCAGAGCCCAAUGUUUGGCCUUCUCCAAUCACUUGACUAAUCUUCACGUAUCCACGGAGCCAACACUUGAUAUUAGUCUUCAAAAGUUUUGGGAACUUGAAUCGAUUUCAAGGUCCAUACCUCCAUCCCCUGAUGACAUCAAAUGUGACCAAUAUUAUAACGAAACUACCUACCGCGAGACCUCCGGGAGAUUCGUAGUUUCACUUCCUUUUAAGCAUUCCGCGCCCACGCUUGGAAAUUCGUAUAAUCAAGCUCUUAAAAGGUUCAACCUCCUCGAAAAGCGUUUAUCAAAGAAUCCUAACCUCCGAGAGGCUUAUGUUGAUUUUAUGACAGAUUAUUUGAAAUCUGGCCACAUGUCUUUGGUAUCUGACUCCGCCCAAUACCGCUCUCCUCUAGGUUACUACAUACCUCAUUUUUGUAUCUCCAAAGAUACAAAAAUUCGUGUCGUUUUUGACGCAUCAUGCGCCACCUCAAACGGUGUUUCAUUAAACGACACCCAGCUUACAGGCCCAAAAUUGCAGCAGGAUAUCUCCUCGAUACUCCUACAAUUCAGAUUCCAUCGUUACGUGUUCAUUUGCGAUAUACGUCAGAUGUAUCGGCAAAUAUUGAUAAACGUUGCACACCGAAAUUUCCAGAAAAUUCUCUGGCGCUUCUCCGAUCAGGAACCUUUGCAGGAAUACGUUUUAAACACCGUCACUUACGGUGUGUCCAGCUCUCCUUACCUGGCCCUCAGAACGAUCAAAGAGUUGGCCAUACGGGAAGGUAAAAAAUUUCCCCGCGCGGCCCAAGCCUUGGAGCAUCAAAUCUUUAUAGACGAUAUCGCCGCAGGUGCGGACCUCCUUGAUGCCUUGCUAAGCUUACAGCAAGAACUUAUUCAGCUUCUUCAAACAGGGAAGUUCGAGCUUCGGAAAUGGGCAAGCAACCACGAAGCUGUCCUAUCUGCUGUGAAUGCCUCACAUCUUCAAAUGCCCUGUUCGUUUGACAAGGAUGAGCCCAUAUGUAUUAAAGUCCUAGGUUUGCAAUGGAACCCUUCGGGCGACACGUUUUCCUAUUCCUGCUCGCCCAAAGAUCUACCUUGUACCAAACGCAAUAUUCUCAGUCAAAUCUUUCGCGUCUACGAUCCUCUAGGCUUUCUGUCACCCGUGGUGCUAUUCGCUAAACUUUUAAUGCAAAAGCUUUGGUUGUCUCACUCGGACUGGGACGAAAUCCCCAGUGACGAUGUUUGUCGACAGUGGAAUAAUUUUAAGUCGGAACUUCCCGAACUAAGAGCCAUUAAAAUUCCGAGACGUAUAUUUGUAGACGAACCACAAUUGGUGGAACUGCACGGUUUCUGCGACGCCUCGCAGACUGGCUACGGGGCAGCAGUGUACCUCAAAUGCAGAGAUUUUACUGGCACUCCUCAGAUCCAUCUCGUCAUUGGUAAGUCUCGAGUAGCCCCUUUGAAAACCGCCAUCUCGAUUCCCCGCAUGGAACUAAUCGCUGCCGCCCUUCUCAGCGACCUUGUCGACUACGUCAAGCAGGUCUAUGCAAGGCACGUCACUCUCGACGCAGUCUUUGCAUGGUCUGACUCACAAGUUACUUUGGCAUGGUUGGCGUCCCCAGCGCAUCGCUGGAAACCCUUCGUGGCCAAUCGAGUGGCACAUAUACACGGUCUCAUUCCCUUCACUAGUUGGCGCUACGUUCCCACUGCGGAGAACCCCGCUGAUUGCGUCUCCCGAGGUGUAACACCCGCUCAGCUCGUAAACCAUGGCUUAUGGUUUCAAGGCCCCGCUUGGCUUGCACAGGAGCCCAAUAAUUGGCCUCAACAGCCGGACAUCACUGAGAUUCGUCCCCAAGAGGUCUUCUGCGAAGAGCGAACUUUAGUCUUGCACACCAGUUUCGAGGAGCACUUUUUAACGCUAUUGGUGAAUAAAUUUUCCUCUUUGCCCAAAAUACAACACACAAUAGCCUACGUCCUUAGAUUCAUUUCGAACACCAGAUCCGAUAAACUUGCAAAACAAUUCGGCCCUCUCUCCCCAUUGGAGAUUCAAAAUGCGCUUCUGGUGAUCGUAAAACACGUUCAAAUGUUUUGCUUUACAGACAUCGUUGAACAACUAAACAAAAAUAAUCUGCCUCCCAAACCCUUUCGCAAGUUAGCCGUCUUCCUAGAUGGGCGAGGCUGCCUCAGGGUGGGUGGUCGGAUUAGGCGUUCCAAUUUAUCCUAUGACGAGAAGCAUCCUUUAUUAUUGCCCAAAUCUCACCGAUUGACAGAGCUUAUUAUAGAAUGGGCACACAAACAAAACCUACACGUAGGAUUUAAGACUCUUCAAUACAUUUUGCUACAGCAAUUUUGGAUCCUUUCCCCACGUACUGCUAUACACCGAGUCUUGUCCCAGUGUAUUCGAUGCUUCCGGGCGAAGCCCAAAUCUUACUCUCCCUUUAUGGCCGACCUCCCAGCCGUAAGAGUUUCACAACUAAAAGUUUUUUCGGUGGUAUGUCUAGAUUACGCCGGCCCCCUCUCGAUCACCAUGAGCAAGUCUCGAGGUGCCAAGUCACUAAAGGCCUAUAUCUGCGUAUUUGUAUGCUGCGCCGUAAAAGCCAUCCAUCUGGAGUUGGUCUCUGAUUUAACUUCAGAAGCAUUCAUUGCCGCCUUUCGGCGGUUCGUAGCUCGCCGAGGCCGAUGCUCACAAAUAAUCAGCGAUCAAGGAACCUCCUUUGUCGGUGCCCAUAAACAAAUCCUAGAAUAUUUUAAACUCGCCGCCCAGACUGCGGCUAUUCAGUGGAGCUUUAAUAGCCCCGGCGCUCCACAUUUCAACGGCUUGGCCGAAGCCGGUGUCAAAUCAGUAAAAACUCACCUCUACAGAGUGCUUGGCGAUCAACUCCUCACCUACGAGGAGAUGUAUACCUUGCUCGUGCAAAUAGAGGCUGUUCUCAACUCGCGCCCGUUGUGCGCUGUCUCUCACGACCCCAACGAUCUCCAGCCACUGACUCCGUCCCAUUUCUUAACGCAGGAGCCCCUGCACUCCAGCAUUCCGGAUCCAGAUCUUUCCAAUAUGCGCAUCAAUCGCCUUAGCAGAUGGCAAUUAAUUCAGCGGAUGCACACCGACUUCUGGCGAAGGUGGCAACAUGAAUACCUUCACACUCUUCAGCAGCGGGCGAAGUGGUGCGAGAAAGUCGAUAAUAUUCAGGUGGGGAGGCUGGUACUCAUAAAGAACGAGCAAAGACCACCUCUUCAAUGGCUUUUAGCCCGAGUAACCAAAGUUCACCCGGGCACCGAUGGUUUCGUCCGGGUGGUGACUCUAAAAACCCCCACCGGACUUAUGCAACGGCCCGUGGUCAAACUCUGUCCCUUACCCAAUCACUGA